GGGAGCGGGAGCGACCCCCGCGUGCUCCCUCAGCUCUGCCGGGCCCGCUGUGAGGGGAGGGCGCUCCGGCGGAGCCCUCCUGCAGGAGCCGGCCCGCUCCGGCGCUCUCUGCUCGGCCUUGGGUGCAGGAGGGUGCAGGGUGUCCCCGCUACGGGCCCCCGCGGGAAGAAUGUGGUAUUAACAGGAUAAACUGCGAGGGGAGCACCUCCAGCUGCUCGGGAGAAGCUGUAGCUGUAGCGGCGGAUCCCCAGGGCAGUGCUACCCCUGCCGCCCUCACCCCGACUGCUACAGUCUUGAGAAGCGAAGUUCCUUGGAGAUAGCCCGUAAUAAAAAACUAACGAGUUUUCAGAAUGACUUCCUUGGCUGACACGCCCCCAAAUUAUGAAAUGAUGUUCGCUCAUCGAUUCACAUCAGAUGAUGAAGAAUACCAAGAAUAUCUAAAACGCCCUGCAGAUCCUCCUCCCAUAGUUGAAGAAUGGAGAAACAGAUCUGGUGGCAACCAGAGAAACAGAGAUCGGUUUCAAGAUGGCAGAUAUUUUAGAGGGGACAGAUACAACUGGCAAGGUGACUACAGAUCUAAUCAGAGGCCAGACAGAGGCUGGGGUAACAACUACCAGCAGCACAGACAAGGACAAUCCUACUCAUCCCACUACGGACAAUAUGGCUACAACUCCUACAACCCGGGGCCUCGUUACCAUCCCUACUGAUAUCCUUGUUGAGAGUCCAGUGAUGCUAUGUAACAAAUUGUUAGCUUUUAGUUUUCUUAUUUUUUCCACCGUUUAUAGAUGACUGAAGAACCAGUGUUACAGCCCAGUGCUGUUUUUCUGUAGUGUGAAAUGAAAAAGGCAACUCCUUUUAUGAAUAAUAAAAUCCUAUUAUUUGGAGUUUGUUUAGUCUGUAGAUUUUAGAUUAAAUUUUUAUCUCCUUCUUUUGUCUGAACAUGUGUUGUGGAUGUUUUUUCUUCCAUCACUGAGAUUUCUCUGUGUUACAUUUUAGAAACCAAAACAGGUGAGGGGAGGAUAGGAUAGCUGUGGUUUGUAUGCAGCCUGUAGCAGUGGCACAUUGCCUUAAGAUAGCUCUUUUUGAAAAUAACAUACUGUGUCUUUCUGUGGAGAGAAUUUCUUAGUUUGGUUUUUGACAGUAAGAAGCUCAGUUUGGUUUGAAUUUCAGAUGCCUUAAAACUGAGAAGAGAGAUCCUAUUACUGAAAUAUUUUAUGGGGUUGGCAUAGUGUCUGUUGACACAAUGGCUUCAAUGCAUUUGCAGUAUUCCUCUUAAAACAUGGCCUAGAAGUUGGAUAAAAAAUAAGUAGUUAAAUAUGUAUCUUCUUGUAGCAGUUCAGUGAUAUGUUUUAUCUGAGAAGUAAUAUCAAACUUAGAUUAAUCUGUGUCAUCUUCAAAUAAAUUUGGUGUGUGCGUAAUAAAUUUUGGGAUUCCCAUUUCAGUAAAGCUGUAAAACUUCAAUGCUAUUGUAGUUUGUAUGAAAUACCUUGUGCAUGUUAUGGAAAAAAAACCCUCUAAUCAGUACUGGUCUGUACUUUUUUCUGUACGGGAAAAUAGCAUAAACACUGCAGAAUGUUACAGAGUUCCUAGAAUUUAGGAUUUAUGGGGUUUUUUAAGUAUUCAUACAA